AUGGUAUAUCAAGUCAUGCAAUGGAUUAUUCUUCCACCUUCCCUAUAUAGUGGUGGAUGUAUUGGUUUCGUGAUUGAGCCAGAUAAUAAUAAUGCUCGUUACGAGUAUCGGGUGAUACGAUAUUUUCCUCGUAAUAGUAGGAGGAUUAAAGGGGAGAUAUUUUCGUCCGAGAAAGGAAGAUGGACCCAAUUGGUUGUUACAUCUCCGUGCACUUUGGAGGACUUUAGAGAUGAUACCAAGACUUCACUUAUUGCUUGUGGACGAAUGUUAUAUUGUAGCCCUCCGGUUGAUGACUUUGUUCUGGCAUUUGAUCCAUUCAUCACAAAUGAUGAUCAAAUUGUACACAUUAUUGAUUUACCACUUGUGGCUCGUGAUAUUCCUCCGUAUCAUUAUCAGCUGUCUUCUAAAUUGGGAGUGUGUCGAGGUCGUCUACGGUUUGUUCAAGUAACUCUGCUGCCAAGUUCAUCCCGUUGUAUACGUGUAUGGGAGCUUGAGGGGGAGUACACAAUGGGGAAAUGGACAUUGGUGCAUGAGAGAAUCCCUACAUUCACACUACCACAACGUUCUGAUGACACAAAUGUUUUUUAUGUACUAGCUUUCCACCCAAACAAUGAGGAUCUUAUAUGCUGUCGUGCAGGCAAUUAUUGUGUUGUCGUGUACAAUUUACGAACGGAUAAAGUGGAAAGUUGUAUCUACCCUCGUAUAUUCAUGAUGCCGGAUUGGCUAGAAGUAUCAGCACCAAGCUGUGCUGCGUUACAAGUAUUACCAAUUACAGAAAAAUGGUGGCCAACACCAGUAAGAGCACUGUGA